AUCACUGUUUUCUGGACGACCAGUUUGUAAUGGGUGUCACUACAUGUCACGGAUUUAGCUUUGUGUAUCAUCUGACUAUUGUUUACAUACAGUGAAGUAUAUGGUUGUAUUCCAAAAGACGGAAAAGAAUCUUUGAUGACUGGGAUUCAUUCUUUUAUUAAAUUUAUAUAAUAAUUGGAAUAUUGGAUUGUUUGCGUAUACAAAGAACAAAUAAUGGCUACAUAAAAUGUGACUUUCGUGUAUGUUGAAUGUUUUUCAAGCGAUAUUGGAUGAUCUUUCAUGAAAGGUUCUUGCGUCGGAUGUGAGGAUUAGUUAGGGUAUUUUUUGUCAUAAUUGGUCAUAAUUGGUUGUGGAUUGUGAACUCCGUCCGUGCCUUGCUUCCAUCAUGGGUUGUACAAUGUCUGUGGAACAAGCGGAAUCCACGAAGGAGUCCAAGAAAAUCGACAAGCUUCUUCGAGAGGACGGUGCUAAGUCUGAACGAGAAAUCAAGCUACUCCUACUCGGAGCUGGUGAGUCCGGGAAGAGCACAAUUGUUAAACAGAUGAAGAUCAUACACGAAGACGGAUAUUCCAAGGAGGAAUGUCUCCUGUAUAAGCCCGUUGUCUUCAGUAAUACCUGUGUCUCAAUCAUCGCUAUAAUUAGGGCUAUGAUGGACCUGGGCAUCAGCUUUGCCAACUCGGAUCGAGAGGAUGAUGCAAGACAAAUAAUGACGUACAAGGUCGACGAUGAAGAUCGUUUCCAGGAGAUCUGUGGGGCUUUUAAAAGACUCUGGGGUGAUACUGGAGUCAGAGAGUGCUUCGGUCGUGCGCGGGAAUACCAACUAAACGACUCCGCGGAAUAUUACCUUGACACCCUGGACCGGAUAUGCAUGCCUGGGUACGUCCCAACGGAACAGGAUGUCCUUCGAACCAGAGUAACCACAACAGGAAUCGUAGAGACAGUGUUCACUUUCCGGUAUUUCCAUUUCCGCUUGAUCGACGUCGGGGGUCAACGGUCAGAAAGAAAGAAGUGGAUCAACUGUUUUGACGACGUAACCGCCAUCUUUUUUAUUGUUGCUAUGAACGAAUAUGACCUAGUUCUACGCGAGGACGAGUCUGUCGUAGGUAUAAAAAGGAAGGAAUAUGUUUGGAAGGGAUGUCGGAUAGGUGAAGGACAUGGUGUCAUUGGGGGACGAUGUGAAUGGAUUUAUAUAAUUAGUGUCAGACACAUAAAGAUGAAAGGGUAUCGCAGGCGGAAAGGUUAUCAGACGGACAGAAAGAGGAAAGGUGUCUAAAAGACAAAUGAAAGAGGGUUGUCGUGGACGGAUAGAUAGUGAGAAUAACAUUAGUGUCAGACAAAUAAUGAUGAAAACAAUACAUAUCCGGCAUACACGCAGGCAUACACACACAGG